AUGAGUUCCCUUGAUCAGCUUACUGAGCAGGUGUUACAAGAGCUUAGAGACUCGGACGACUCUCAUUUCAACGAGCGCUUGGCGGAGUUGGCGCAGGUGGUGAAGCUAACCUCGGAGAGCGAAACAAAAGAGUUGUUACACCCCAGCUCGGUCACAACAGUUUUGGAGUAUACACCUCAGAAUGAGACAUACCAGUUGCGAUUAUACCGUGGGUUGCUAUUGGUGGUGAGGAACCUCUCUCGAGUAUUGGACCACCAGUUCUACCCCCGGGUCAUCACAAGCUUGGAAAAGUUUUCCUUACCAGUGAGUGAGUGGACGGAGAAGAUCCGGCUUGUUUACUGGGAGGCACUUGCCAAUUUUCCCCGCAACGAAUACGUCAACGAAACCAAUAAGUUGUUUGGGUCAGCUAGGAGCCUGUUUGAGCGUCCCGUGAUCCAUCUACUAUUCCGGCAGUUUUACACUGAAGAUCCAGAUGUUACCAAUCAAACCUUACUUACAUUGCUUCACAUCAAGGACAACCAUGUGAUGAAAAACGUGUACCGCUUGUACCAGGGUAUUGACUUUAACAAAGUCGACCACGAUUCCAAGAUGCUCGUCCACUUGAUAUACGACAUUGUCACGCACGAGAGUUUUGGCCAGUGGAUCAAAACACAAGACGAUGCAGGUGUUAUGGAUUGGCUUGGUGCCACCUCCGACAUUGUUCAGACCAAAGACGACUGGAGUGGCUACCAGCUAGUUGCAUUGUUGGACUGGACCGUGACCACGUUCCAGAGUUUCAGCCAGCGGUUGAACAGUGACACCAUUCAGGACGACGCAUUGGAGUCGGGGGUUUUAAACACACUACACAUUAUAUCAGAUCUUGCACAAUACCACCACUCAAUUAAAUUCCUCCGCAGUGACUCCAAUUUCCUACCGCUGCUCAUCCACGUGCUCAAAACAAUACAUGAAAACGUGCAACGAGUGACCAUGACCUCCAAGAUUGAACAAGCGGUUGGCUAUUCCAACGCCAAGGGGAUGAUCAUCACCAUCCUUUCGUACCUUUCCUACCAGUCAUUUACAACCCAAGAACGAGUGCGAGAGUUGGCGGGGUUGGGCUUGGUCCUUUCCAACUGCCAGAUCGACAACAACAACCCGUUCAUCAAAGAGCAAGCGAUUCUCUGCGUCAAGUAUCUUUUGGAAAAAAACGAGCAGAACCAAAAGUUUGUAGCAGAGUUGGAAGCGACAAAGGCAGUCGAUGAUGAGGUAUUGCAACAAGUGGGCUACAAAGUCGACAUUGUCGACGGACAAGUCACUAUAAACAAAAAGGUCUAA